CCCCCCUCCCUCAGCGGCCGUGGCGGUGGUGGCGGGCGGGGGGAACAGCGCGAAGCCGUCGUUUUUCCGUCCCCCUCGUUUCUCGCCUCGGUCCAGGCAGCGCGUGGAGGGGAAGGACCGAGGUUCAGUGCCUGUCCCUCGCUUUCCCCUCUCGGCUGUCCGCACACGGGGUGGGGGGACCGGGCACCACAAGCUGCUCCCACCUUCCAUCCAUCCUUCCUCCCCUGCACAUCUCAGCCUCCUCCUCCUCCUCAUCCAUCCAUCCAUCCCCAGGGGUGUGGUGAUUCUCUAACUGGAAUCCUGUGAUAUUCCUUAUUUGGAAUCCUAUGCUUUUGGCUGCUCAUUCUUCAUCAGAAAUUUUGGAUACAUACAUUGAUGUCCUAACUUAAUGGUAUUCCUGAUACGCCAGAAUGUUCUUAUAAGAUGAGCAGCACUGUGGCCAGCCCCAUGUCAGCUGUUGCCUCUUCAAGCAGUGGAAGAAAAUCAACAAGCUUUACACCUGAAUUGCAGAGUAUGAUGUUUUCCCUGGGAGAUGCUCGCAGGCCACUCCAUGAAACCGCAGUUCUGGUGGAAGACAUCGUUCACACUCAGCUGAUAAAUUUGUUGCAGCAAGCAGCUGAAGUUUCUCAGAUGAGAGGAGCUCGAGUCAUCUCUGCUGAAGAUCUCCUGUUCUUAAUGCGCAAAGAUAAGAAGAAGCUUCAAAGGCUACUUAAAUACAUGUUUUUUCGCGACUACAAAUCUAAAAUUGUCAAAGGAAUAGAAGAAGAUGACCUCCUCGAAGACAAAUUCAACAGCAAUAACACCAACAAGCGGCAGAAGCUGGCCCAAGACUUUCUCAACUCCAUUGACCAGACUGGAGAGCUCUUGGCCAUGUUUGAGGAUGAUGAGAUUGAUGAUGUCAAGCAGGAGCGGAUGGAGAGAGCAGAAAGACAAACACGAACCAUGGACUCAGUCCAGUAUGCAGAAUUCUCUGAAAGUCGGCAGUUGAGUUUUUCAAAGAAAGCAUCUAAGUUCCGUGACUGGCUGGACUGUAGCAGUUUGGAAAUAAAGCCAAAUGCAGUUGCAAUGGAGAUUUUGGCAUAUUUAGCAUAUGAGACUGUGGCCCAGCUGGUGGACUUGGCCCUUUUGGUUAAACAGGACAUGACUCCCAAAGCUGGUGACCCGUUCAGUCAUGCUGUAUCUGCCACCUUCAUACAGUACCACAACUCUACUGAGCCACAUCUCUUAGGACAAUCUUCGAGUCUGAAGACCAGUCUUGACUCCCCUGAGAACACACCACCCCCUACACCCACCCCGCCGGCAUCAGCAGGGCAGCAACACCUUGGGAAAACCCCCUCAGGAGCCUUGGGGAAUGGUGGAAUUGGACAGGACUCCACCAAAUCCAAACAAAGGAAAAGAAAAAAGAGCACUGCAGCCUGUGGGAUGGAGGCUCAAAGUGAUGCCAUCCAGCCCAGCCACAUCAGAGAGGCCAUUCGACGCUACGGCCACAAGAUUGGCCCCCUUUCCCCAUUCACAAGUGCCUACCGCAGGAAUGGGAUGACUUUUCUUGCCUGCUGAUGUGGAUGUGGCUGCAGCAACAGGAAAGACAGUAUUAUAUUAAGGUGAUUUUCUUUUCCCCUCCAUGGAAGGAAAAAAAAUACAAGCUCCAAUGUCUCCAUGUACCAGUGAGUGGGCUGGUUUGUUGUGACUAUCUGCUGGCUGUCUCUGUCUCUUUUUCCAGCCCCCUCAAUCAUUAUUCUUGUUUACUAGCUGGAACAUUUAGCUAAUUAAUGGCAGGAUGUUUGGGAUAGGGUGUAGGUGGACAAGAAUGCAGCUCAGACAAUGCUGGAGUUUGCAGGGGACUUUCUGACUGCCAUGUAAUUUUUAUUUAAGUGUCUGGAAGUCUGUAUAUUCUUCAAAAGAUGUUUUUUGUGAAGCAGAAUGGGGCAGGAAAAGGCCAGAGAUAGACUGGGUUGUGUUGGUUUAUUAGGUUGUAUAAAGGUUGUGUAGUUUUCUUUGCAAUUUUUACCCAAAGGAAAAGUAUUUCCCUCUAUUUUCCACUAAUUUCCGCUUGUUUCUCUCAAUUAAUGUAAGUGUUCACAGAGUAUAACCCAGUUUAAUCCAGUGAGGGGAUUUUGAUGACAACCAUACCAAGUUUGGAUGCAAAGAUAUUCAGAAAAAGUUCAGGUAAACUAAACUUUACCAGUUAGAGACUUGGUUUUUUGUAGACCCAAAGAUGAGCAAAGUACUCACACCCAAAUUUUUAAUAUUGGCAUCUCCUAAGGUUUGAGCCAUCAUUCUCCAAAGUCAAAGAAAGCCUUUGCAGUGACUUGGCACUGGAUUGGAUCCCUAUUUGGAAAAAUACAUUCUAAAGUGUUUCAAUGCCUGUGUCUGUCUCAGUGGUUCUAGGCAAGGGCUUAACGUUGUGUACUUGCUCAGCGUUUGCUGCAGGAAGCAGAUGCUGUCCCUGUUGUUGACAAAGGCAGCAUUACUGUUGGAUUUGGUUAAAGAAGAAACCAGCUCUUUUUGCCUUUUUUUUUUAAAAUAUAUUUUAGCUAACAUUGUUUGUUUUCAAGAUUAUUAUUUUAUUUUUUUUUUAAAUCUCAGUCCCUGCCUCUGUGCUUGUUUCUAUCCCUUUGCUCCUCCAGCCUAUGCUGGCUUUACAAACACAUUCAUUUCUUCCUGUAAAAACUGUACAAAUAUAGAGCUAACCACGAUAAUGCCUGAGCAGAGAAAAGGGUUCCUGCUUCAGCCCUUCUCCAGGAUCUGUUGGCACAUCCUGCUGCUGUCCCUGUGGUAGCCACAGGUCAGGGGUCUUCUUCAGCUGCCCUGAGCUCAGGAUUGGAAUCCAACUUAAACCUCAGGUUAACACAGAACACUCAAGGGAUCAAGAGAACAGCAAAGUAUUUUAUGUAGUGCAGCCAUCCUCCUCCUUUGUGCUUAGUAUGUGAGGUCUUAAUUUUCACUCCUGCUCUGUGCUCUUGAGGUCAUUUGUAGGUGGUUUCGUUGUCCUGCUCUUCUGGACCUGCUUGCAAAAUCUUUAAAUAUACAUGUAUUUUUUAAAUAAAUGGGAAAAAAUGUCUCUAUGUAACCAAAAUAUUGUAAAAGUGAACGUCGUGCGUCCGAUAUUGCUGCCGUUCAUAAAUUGCUUUUCUCUUUUUUCUGCUUACGCUUCUGUUUUCUGAAAGUUUUCUGUGUGUAAAGGACUAAAAGUAAUGUGUACAAUGUAUUAAAUGAGGGAAGGGGGAAGUUUUCUGAUGUUCCAUUUGUGCGUCUUGAAAUAUAUGAUUAAACUUUCCUUUUUAUCAUCA